CUUGCCCAACAACAACAGCAGCAGCAGCAACGACAGCGACAGCGACGGCAGCAGAAGCAACGAACAGUAGCAGCAGCAGCGGCAAGCGAUUGCAACGUUUGAUAAGCGAGAGAGUUACAGAGAACGAGAGCGCGGGCGAUAAUGACGCAAUAAUCGUGCGAAUGAAUGAAAUUUGCCGAGUAAUCUACUAGAGAGGGAGAGCCAGAGCAAGAGCGAGAGUGAGAGUGUCAUGUCAUCAAAGAAUAUUGAGAGCGCGAGUACGACAAGUGAGAGCGGCAGCAUUGAGGGGCCAAUGCGCAAAUUGGGCGCCAGCAGAACUGCUAAUGAUGGGGGCGAAGUGGGGGCGGAGGCGGAGGCGCCCGUUAUUGGCUCCAGUAAAGUGGGGAGCAGCAUACUGAUAAUGACCCCAGAGCAGAUACUGGAGGCAUAUGAGCGGGCCAUUGAAGAGGCGCAGCGACGUCGCGACUCUGAAUCUAACGAAGACGACGAUGAUUCGGAGCUCGAAGACGACGGCAGCAGCAGCGGCGGCGUCGGCGGCGUUAUCGGGCGUCGACGGACCCUCAACAUCGCCACGUUCAGUUUGUUGACAGCUUUCGAGCGUCUCUGUGCCGGCCUGCUGUUCGUGAUUGGGAAACUGUUAAGAUUCAUACGCCGCUUAGACAUGCAUGGAGGCGGCACGGGAAACAACAUAAACUUUGUCGAGGGUCUGAUCGACUUUUUUGCUGGCUCAGUGGGUGGCGCCGCACAGGUCUAUGUCUCCCAGCCACUGGACACUGUUAAGGUGAAGCUACAAACCUUUCCCGAUGUCUACAAAGGCAUGUUCGACUGUUUUGUGAAGACGUAUCGCAAGGAUGGCAUCUUUCGAGGUCUCUACGCCGGUUCUGUGCCCGCUGUCUUUGCCAAUGUGGCCGAAAAUUCUGUGCUCUUUGCCGCCUAUGGUGGCUGCCAAAAGUUUGUCACAUUUCUGAUUGGCAAAGAGAAGGCCGCAGAUCUCACCACUUGGGAGAAUGCAUGCGCCGGCUCCCUGGCCGCCUGUUUCUCCACCCUCACCCUCUGCCCCACGGAGCUCAUCAAAUGCAAGCUGCAGGCGUUGCGCGAAAUGCAACAAUUUGUGGAGCCGGGUAUGCAUAAUUUGCAUACACCCUGGACGCUAACCCAAUACAUUUGGCGGACAGAAGGCAUACGCGGCUUCUAUCGCGGACUCACAUCGACAUUCAUGCGUGAAAUGCCCGGCUAUUUCUUCUUCUUCGGCAGCUACGAGGGCACACGCGAGCUGCUGCGCAAACAAAAUCAGUCCAAGGACGAGAUUGGCGCCGUACGCACCAUGUUGGCGGGCGCCGUUGGCGGCGUCUGCCUCUGGACAUCCACAUUUCCCGCCGAUGUUAUCAAGAGUCGCAUACAGGUGAAGAACCUUAAUGCGAGCAUGCUGAGUGUGGGCGCGGAUAUUGUGAGACGUGAGGGCUUCGCGGCGCUCUAUCGCGGAUUGUUGCCUUCGAUCCUGCGCACCAUACCGGCCACAGCGACGCUCUUUGUGGUGUACGAAUACACAAAGAAGGCGCUACUGGGAACUCUGUGACCGGGGGGAGUACUGCAGCCAUGGGCGGGAGCGUGAACAGUUGCGUAAUUGGAGGAGGCUGUGCUGUCUGUUGUCUGGUUGCGUGGAUCGCAAUCGCAGUUGAUGCUGCCGUUUUCAUUUUCAUAUUCGUUGUUUCUUCUCUUUCUUUUUUUUUCUUCUGUUUUCGUACAUGUAAAGCUACAUUAUUUUA